GCCCUGUAGUUUGUGGUACAAAGGAGAGGCGGCAAACCUCCGCAGUGAUGCGAGGAAAAUGGUUCUUCACCGCUCCGUGCGUUUGCACCAGCACCUCUUUCACACUUAAAUGCUGUUUCUUGCUCCUUGCGGCAUCCUGUGCCGCGGCAGUGGGGUCCGGUUUGCGCACCGCCAUACUGCAGAGCUAUUUUCCAGAACAACACAGGUCCGAGGAGCGGUUGUACAGCUUGGUGGAGCGCGAAAAUACAGCAGAUACCGCAACCGCUGACACGACUUCCGGUGCUGCGCACGCUAGCUUCGCAAAACCAGGCGCAGCUCGACUCGACGCUAUCCUGUGGACAGAUUCUAUCAUUUUUCCCCUCAGCUGCAACAGAGAUUUAACAAGCAUUCUCGAAAAGCUCGGGAAUAUACGUGGUCCUGCGAGAUGUGUAUCAGCGUAAGCAUGUGCUUCUUCUGCAGCAAAUCUUGCAGUGUAGCAACCUUUGCAUCUGUGCGGCGGGAGAGGAUAGUUCUUCCACAGCAUACAAUAAUCUCUCUGUUUCGUCGACAAUUACCGAAGAGCGCAGCAAGCAAACAGGACCAAGGAUCAAGAAACGGAGCCAGCAACAUCCUUCUUCACCUCCGCAUCCACAAAACGCCGACGGCAUUUUCAAACAAUUGCGCGAAACCUUGGUGUCAGCUACUUCUUCCGCCCCCUCUUCGACAGCCCCGUGCUGUAUGAGAAAUUGCAGCGCGGCAACGACUGGGCAAGCGCCUUGCUCUUCCAGCGGUUCUCAGGAUACUACGACCAGCUCCUGUAUGUGCACGAGUCAGCGCAUCUCGAAAAAGAUGUCGUGGAAGCGCUUCUGCGGCACUACCACCAAAGGAGAGAAGAGCCAGCGAGCUCAGCAUCCGCGACCAAGGAAACAGUGGUGCAAGACACAGCGACGGCGGGAAGAAUACUGCUAAUCACAGCACCUACAGCUCCGGGUCGUCGUGCUACAGGAGAUACAGCGGUCGCUACGCACCAAACAAUCGCGAUUCUGUCUACUGCGAGUGACAUCGCGGAGGACGGCCGGACACUCCGCGGACGCGACGCUCUGAUGGAGUUUUGGACGAACGUUUUUCUGGACCGCCACUGCCUAGACCUGACGGUUGCGAGCUGCGCGCAUAGGCAAGGAGGGGGGGUUGAGUCGAGUAGUUGUCGCUUGUACAAGCUUGUCUCGAAUUUCGUACCAUCCCGAAUAAAGUGGAACGUAGCUUGAAGAUGAUGAAAUGUGCAUGACAAAUCGCAAUGUUUGACUUAACAAGCCCCUCCUUAUUGCAUAGUACGAAGGAGUGCCGCCCAGGGUUCCGAGUAUUGGACGCUGACGGAAGCGUCUGGCUUUGUCGAGGUGCACGAACUGGCAUUGCCAGACCCGCAAGACGCUCCGGUCACAGCACUGGACCUGGACCAGAUUCAGUUCGUCGGAACAGUCGGCAGCGCAAACAAAUCCCCGCUUUUCACUGGCGGUCCUCCUCGCGGUCCAAUCGCAACUGCUACUUCAACAGCGGACGGUGUGCACGAUUCGCCGAGCGGUGACACGCCUGACUCAGGCGUGCCCGCGGCACGAAAACUGAAGAUCGCGGUCGUGCAGACGUACUUCCCGCGCUCUCAUACGAAACGUGCCGAAUUGUAUUCCUGGACCGAAAGAGAACUUCUUGCCGAGCCACUGUACGAAGAGCAUCUCGCGCAAGAAGGAUCUCAAGGAAGCAGCCGAACCCGUUCCUUGUUCAAGGAUUCUCGAGUACUGCAGACCGCGGAAAACCUGAAAAGCAGGUUUGAUAAAUCAGAGGGGGCAACAACUUCUUCACCCAGCGGCCACGAUCACUCACCCAGUGCUGCGACACAGCGCAGUCAGCUCUUCUUCCCUCUGUACGUGAAGGCCGUUGCCAAGAUCAACCAAGCGUACUGUGUAUGAAAUGAACCGUGCCUCGAUAGUAAAUCCUUCGGAGCUGCACAGCAGUGCAACAUCGCUAUGCUCGGUGGGCGGACAAGGUCGUCUAUGUGGCCACGGUUCAUUUUCAUGCGAAAAACGACACAACUACGCCUACAUCUUCCGCACAAAGUUCGAAGCGCGCGAGCCACUCUACGUCCAACGUGGCAAAUUCGCGACCGCUGGUCACUUUCUGGAUGGAGUGCAGAAAGAACGUCCGCAUCGAGCGUACUCCUGGGGGCGAAUUCUUCUCGUGUGGCGGUAUUUGCCGUUUUACGACUACGUGCUCAUCGCGGACCUGGACGCAGCAUUCGUUCGCCCGCAAACAGUAUCAAAGCACAACAGCGCAUUAGCAGGCACUCCCGGGGCUAUGGCACUUCCUCGGUGACGACGCUGAACAAGGCAUGACAUUUUGUAUUCACUCUUGUGUACAAUCUACGGGACACGAAAAUUUUAGCUGGCUGUGCGUUCUGUGCAUUCCUAUAAAUCCGUAUAGAAACUUUGCUGUACUUCUGGGACCCAAGUGUGCGCUGGCUCUUGCAGACACCGGAAAAGAACGUGGAUCGCCCGUCCAGACCAAGCGACCCGAGCCCCGCAAACCUGGUGUUCGAAAAUCAGCCACUGAAAUUCGUCGGCUUUUUCGGCACACAACUGCAGGCCGGCGUUUUCAUGAUGCGGGGCGGCACGCUGGUAGCAGACGGUAACGAAGAAUGGGGCUCGGAGUUUCUCAUGAGGAUGUACCUGCACCCAAUGUGCUUCGACGGUGGACUGUGUGAGCAGACUUGCGCGAAUGCGUGGCUGCUCGCAGACCUGGGCAACUGCUGCGGACAAGCGGGCGAACACAGGGGCAGCGGACACCAGCAAAUCCCUUCGUGCGGCGACCCAGCGCUCGACGGAAUCCAAACGGGCUUCAAAGCUGCUGACGAAAGUGGUGCUCCGGUCGAACGUCCAGAAACUUCUGUAAACGAACCUGUCCCGAGCGCAGCCACGAAUAGCAACACUCCGGAAGACGAAAAUGCCAGUUUCGCUUACAUCAGGAACGGGCCGCACAGCAUCCGCCACUUUGUUUUUGGACAACACUAUCAACCCGGCGCACGAGCCCACAGCCGAGCCGCGCGAGUUCUUCCUGUUGGUACGAUGCAGGCUAUCGAAAUGCGGACGAGACUGCGAAUUGUCAGCGAAACGAAUGGCGCGGUCCGGUUCUCGACCGGCUUUCCGAAGGAGCCCGGCGCCACGGAAGGCGAUACGCAGUAUACAUUCCGAGACGACAUUCUGGACAGGCCGUUGAUGUACCACACCGCUGUAUGAGAUUUGAAAAGCGCUGCGUACUUGACAUCGUCAGGCAUGCAGUCUCGCUGUAGUUCACCCUCGUUUAUUAUUUACUCAAACAAGAUCUUUUUGCCAGACAUAGUUCUUGACAAGAUGAAAAAGUCCUGCAGUCAAGUAGGAAGCAGGUGUAUUUUUUCCUUUCAUGCGACGGCAGGGGCGAAACCUUCAAAAACGUAGUCUUUACAACCCUCCUUGAUAUGACGGCAAAAGAUGAAGUUACAGGCAAAGCAGAGAUUCAUCGUGCUGCCCAACAACCGUUGUUGAAACCAGCAUCCCGGCCAGAGCCCGAGUUCCUCUGGGAAUGUCUCACUCCCGGCACGGCAAGCUCAGGAGAGCGAGCUGCUUCAACGCACACGUCGCUUUUUAACCGGGUAAUGGACGCUUUGGGAGCCUACUAUGGAUACCAGUACGACUUUCAACACCACUAUGGAGUCAGCCCCGAGAACACAAAAGGGACCAUCGAAGGCCGCAACUACAAGGAACUACGGGGAUUCUCGCCGAGCUUCGCCGAGACGAUGACGGAGAUAUUCCCCGAUGCGCCUUUUCGCCGGGGGAUACACACAACGCCCAAAGACCUUGCGAUCAUAGUUCCUACUUUCAGCACGAAGACAGUAGGAGGACCCGAACACGCAACAAACUCGCCUGAACUUCCCAGGAAGUCACCUGUCCACUCCGCCCUGAAUUUCGCCGCGUGUUACCAGGCCUACAGCUCCUACCAUCGUGUCGGCGUGUUUGCAGUCGGACAUCCCCUAGCUGCGGAAAGCAUCUUGACCGCAAGUCAUGCGCUUGGUGCGCUUCUGUAUCGGCGUUUGCCUUCCUUUGUUCUACCAGCCCGAGGCGGCAAGUCCUACGGACCCGGCGGAACCGCUACAGAAAUCGCAGUUCGCGAAUACCACCGCGGCCGCAGCAACCAGUUCGUCGUGAAGCGGUCAAGGCCUCGCUCCAGGCCAUCAGAGACAGAUUUUCCGCACGCGGCCGGCCAAGAAUACGAAGACGGGUUCAAUUCCUUUUUCGAGCCAAGCAUGGGCGAGGGCGACGGAGAAACAGUGACAACCUCGCGGUUUUGGUCCGCGUUCGUGAUCUGGAAUGCGGAUGAUGGGGCGGAAGAAGAUGGACAUGACGUACCGAGCACUGAAACUGCAAUCGCGCAAACGGAAGCAGCUGUAAAAACCAGUUUAUCGUCCUCAAACUCAACCGCCACACCGAGUUACAAAUGGGCCAAAGCGACUGUCCUCCAUGUCCGGGAGCUGCUGUCCUACGGUUGGCGUAGGAAUGAUCAGUUUUCCAUCGACUACUUAAACAUUCCCACGCGGGUUUUCAUCGUAUCCAGCAAUGCAAAUUUGCGCCAGCAUCUCCUAAUACUUCACCUGCUGGAAAGGCACGUAGGCUGUACGAUAGAGAAACUCUCAACUGCACUAGCAGUAUGUAAUUUCUCCGAAGAAUUGGAACUAGAUCGAAUAGCAGGUAAUGGCGCUUUCGCGUAA